AUGAUUUUCUUCAAUCGUCGUGUUUCUCCGCAAGCUUAUUGUACCUUCAUUAUUCUUCUUACAGCCUUACCAACUGUUCGUGCGGAUUAUCUUUCUUUCUUAGACCGACUAUACCGAGCCUUUUCGAAAUUCAAUAUUGUGGUCCCAGCCAGCACCAUCAGUAAUGUGGAUGCCGUGUACAGGCAUUGGAACUACAUGGAGGCGAACUAUAGCAAGUGGGAAGAAGCAAUUUACAACGACACGCUUUCAGAGGAUGAACGACAGAAGGAGGUGGCUGAAGCGAGCAAGGGAGUCGACGACUCCUGGUACCAUAUCAUUGGCGAUUUCAUGGGUGUUGGGGUGAACAAGAGCUGCAGACCAAACAUUGAGGCGGUCCUCAAUGAAAGCAGCGAGUGGGACAAGGCCGGACAGCAAGCUUCAACCGUGAUCAUGGCUAUAUUACCGUCAUUGCUGACCUUUGGCAACCUCUAUGUGCCGCGGAGCUCUGAGGCCUUUGGCACGAGUUUUUUGGUGGGUCUUCUAUCAGCUGCGUUCGGCUUCGGCCUUCCUGUCAAAAGUAUCUCUGCUGUUCCCGUUAGGCAAACAAUCACAUUAUCUAGUCUAAACUGGGAAGCUAGGACGGAUCUAGAAGGGCUCGGCAAGCAGCUUUUGAAGAAGGCCAUCCCGGCGAAGUUGUCUGAGUUACAAAAGUGGUCGGACAAUCGCGAUGGUAUGAUUUCAACCGGUGACGCCUGGGCUACCGGCAUCAGCCACGCCGCCCUCAACUGGCAAUCUCGGACUCACUGGUGGCAUCUGCCAUCGCUGCUCGUUGCAGCCCUUCAAACAAUCAUCCUUUUGCUGGCUGUCUUCCCUCUGUUUAUGGGGUUGGGCGUCCCCCAGCUCCUUUUCGAUUGUACCGCAACGGUAACCUCAAUCUACUUGCUUUUGAGUGCAGUUGUCUCGAGUAUUGCACGAGCACUGAUGUGGGAAUCCAGUGAUCAUGAACGAGUCCACAUCUUUGCUUUGUCGCAACUUGCAGAGAAGCGGUUACGACAGAUCGCAGAUAGAGUACCAAGGGAGCUUUCUACGGAAGUGGAUCUUCCACCGCUCCAAGCACCACUCCUGGUUCGUCCCAUCGUUUCAGUCCAGAGAAAUCUUACACGCUUCUGGUUUGCAGUCACCAGAAUAAGACGCGGAGUAGCCCGAAAGCAACCUGCGCCACAACCCCUACUUGUCGGGACUGAUGAACGCUAUUGGAUGAUACCAGUACAAUUCAUGAGAGUGCUCAUCGCGCGGUUGAAAUGGAUUGCGACGAAUCUGCUCACGUUCUUCCUCUCCGGAUUCCAAAGUCACCAUACGGCCAUCAGGUGGAGGCCACUGAUCGUACUGGCUCACCUCUCUACUACUGGACGUGAUCCUCUGAAGACACUCUUCACUGGAAUUGUGGAGGGCUCGGUUUUGUUGGUGCUCACCUUCUUCUUCUCGGCCCAAUGGGCCGGCAAUCUCAUAGUGACUGCGUACUCUGUGGCAUAUCUCCUGAUUGCCGUGAGCGUGGCGCGCGGCUUGGGUCUCGCUUAUAUCAAAUGGAGUGUGCGAUCUGCCGGUUUGCAUUUGGUUGAAUGUGAAUCCGUGGAGGAGAUCCAUGGGUCCUUGAGGGUGCUCUGCAGCAUGAAACAUCUGCUGGUGAGGGUCAACGGGGCCUGGUACUUUGAGGGUAAGCGUAUGGACACGACCCCAGCGUUCUGGGACUGGGAAUUGAGAUCGGAGCGGGGCGAAUUCGACGAUGAGAAGAGAAGCUCGAUCCAGUCUACCAGUACGUCGCCGGUCAGUACGCCGCCGGCCAGCGUAAGCCCGGCGCUUCCGACGAAGAACGAUACUGAGCAAGUGGUCACCGCUGUCAACCAUCGCAGUACGCUAUAG